AUGGUGCCCGCUCGGGUUAUCGCGGACUCGGAUGAUUCCGACGACAACUUCGAUCUGGGAGGUAGCCCUUCGAAACCUCCAACUCCCAAAAUGCCCAUCGAAGGUCGUUCCUCUGAUCCUGCCAGUAUCGCGACUGGCUCAACCGACCCUAAAUUCUUCCAAGCGAUCUACACCGAGCAACAACGCGCGGCUGCUAAUGAGGCAUUGUCGAAUUUUGAUCAAUCCCUCGCGUCCAAACACCCUAAUAUCCUUUCUCCUCACCUCAAGGUACAAGCAAAAAAGGACUUGACGACCACCUCGUCACUCACAUCCAUCACCGAACCUGUAAUGGGCUCCAAUCGUGCGAAAAAGGAGAAGAAGGCCACGGUGGUAGACCUUACGCAAGUUAGCACACCAGGAAGGAGCGUCAGUACAACUCCAAAAGAUAUGUGGGAUGUUCCUAGCAGCCCAGCACCCGAUCAAGCGGCACCCCAUUCUGUGCCCGCAAGAGCUAGAACACCUGGCGGCGAUAAAAAGAGGAAACGGGGGAAUAAUUUUGAGUUUACUUCUCCAUUGGCCAUUGCGAUGCCUUCUCAAGGCUCGACGCAGCCUUUCGAUGUCACACCCGCUACAAAAAGGAAUGCUGGCUCUGUUCACGAAAUCAAAAGACCGAGGCUCGAGAACCCCGAAUCGUCAUUACCGGCCGAAGAUGACGUUGAUAUGGUGGUGGUUCCAUGCGACGCCGAUGUGCCCUCGUUCACUGAUCUGGUCUCUGGCCAGAAGCCUGUUUCUUUGUGCAUUGAGCCCCAGACUCUCAGCGCAAGCCAACGGCUGGAGUACGAGUACCACUCAGUUAACCCAUCUCCAGAGGAUCAUGGUCCUGUACCUACUCAACCAUUCUCUACCCUACCAGCUACGGCUCGUUCAAGCGGGGCGACGACCAUAGCAUAUUCUACGCCAAGUCAAACGCGUGUGGUCGGCCUACCGCUGGUGCCCUUCGCGGAUCAUGCCAUUCUCGAUACAGUUCAGGAGCAGACACAAGAGCUUCCCAAUUCAACAUCAGAUCUGGAGGCAACGGUAGAGAUCCAAUCAUCGCCUGAUAUUAUAUCCGCUGCACCAUCUCGCCAAAACAGGGACAGGCCCGAUAGCAGAUUGCCCAAGACAGCGGAUAGCUAUCAAGAUAAUGGAAGCUGGGAUUUAGGCGGCAUUGGCUCCCGUCAUGAAACGUACAGGUCUCGUCUCAGCCGACGGAGGGGUAGCGACGCUUCUUGGCAGGACCAGACCGAGAACCUGGAAAAGAUGGAAGUUCCCGUGGCUGAUAUGGGCCCAGCCGCGCAGCUCCCCGUUGAGGACCUUGCACCGGCCAGCUCGCCCAAGCCAAAGCCGAAGAGGGGACGACCGAGGAAGUCAGAGGCAGCCGCUGUCGCCGUCACCGUCACCGCCGAGGCCUCAGCAUCGCCGCAAGCCAGUGAACUGAGUGAUGUCACCAAGGAUCUUUUAGGAGCGGACAUAGUAGCGGCUACGCAUUCAAACAAGAAGAAGCGUGGUCGACCAAGGAAGGCGAACAAGGCCGCGACAGCAAGCGGGCAGCAUGAACCUGAGGCACCUGCGGCAAUCCCACACGAUAGUAAGCACGCUGAUGCUGCGAUGGAUGAAGAGCACCCGAAGGAGGUCCAACCGGGGGAGACAGCAAAACCCAGCAGGGGCAGACGGGGCGAUAAAAGGCCAGGCUCGAUUGGAACUGCGGUAGAGACAUCGCCAACGGCCGAUGGUUGUCAAGGGAGGGACGAGGCUCUAGUGCUGCAGCCUGUAAUACCCAAUGCGGCGCCGAAGCCCGGCUCAGACGGACUGGGUCUGCAAACCACGGCAACAGAACAAAAAGGGGCGGUUGACAGUACACCCGUCAACAAGGACGAGAAUAAGCCGGAGGUAGUGGGCAAAGCUGACGAGAGGAAGCGUCUGGCGGCACCCGCGUCUUCAGCAGGAAAGCCGAUAUACCGAGUCGGGCUCAGCAAGAAGUCCAGGAUCGCGCCACUGCUGAAGUCACUUAGAAAGUGA